AUGAAUGCUUUUGAUGGAAACAACAUAGGAAUGACGACGUGUUGGGCUUCACCGUCUAGUCCUAGCCCUAGAACGCUACUGGCAAUGCUGAAUCAAGCCGACAACAAUGGUCAUGUUGUGGAUCAGAUCAGCGAGAUCUUCCCUCAGACUAAUCAUCAGUCUGAACAAAGAUCCGGUCUGCGCGAGAGAGUAGCUGCAAGAAUUGAAUUCAAUCUUCCACCGCUCGAGAUACAGAACAACCGUCCAUUUGCUGCUUUGUUCAGGAACCCGUCGCCCACCGUUCCUUCUCCUCUCCUCCUAAUCUCUCCAGGAUUCAGCCCAUCUGCUAUGUUGCAAUUUCCAAACAGGUUCUUUGAUCCUACACACAGGAUCCUUCCGUCUCCAGUCGCCAAUGGUGGGCCUCCAGAGGCGGUGGAAAGUUCUGGUGCCGACCAUGCAAUGAUGAAGGUAUCCAACAACGAUCCAAUGCAUGUUGCUCUGCCUCCUCAACAAGACGCUUCUUUUGAAUCUGGUCCAGCCGUUAACGAAACCGACGUCAUCAACAUGGAAAUCGAGAGGGAGAACAAGGACGACGAGGAAUACAUGGAAGAUGAUCACAAUAUUGUUGAUGAGCUAGAUGCUGAGCCUUCAUCUCCAAAGAGAAGUAAAUUUGGGGGAGCAACCAUGAUUGGAGCCACAAGAUCAUGUAAGAGCCAAAGAGUUAUCAUUCAAGUGGAAACUGAAGAAAACAAUCCUGACGAUGGUUUUCGCUGGAGAAAAUACGGUCAGAAAGUUGUCAAAGGGAACCCAAAUGCAAGAAGCUACUACAAAUGCACAUACAGUGCGUGCAAUGUGAAGAAGCAUGUGGAGAGAGGAGCAGAAGAUGUCAAGUUUCUAUUGAUUACAUACGAUGGGAUACACGAGCACGAUCCACCAGCUGCACGUGGUAGCAGUUCUUCCGGUCUAAAAAGCCGGUACGGUUCAUCAGUGUCUCAAGACUAUAACAAUCACCAAACCGUGCGUUUAGGCAGGCCGCCUUCAUCCUCUCAAGCCAUGCGUCUUUUCCCUUCUUCGUUGGACCCACCAAUGGAUAUGACACAGUUCUAUAUGACUGGACUCGCUAAGCUGCCGAGUUUACCGGUUAACCAGAACCAUGGUUUGAUGAACCGGAAUGAAGAACCGAAGAUUGAUCGUGUGAUACCGGACGGCACAGAGGUAUUCAAAGGGAUCAGGGAUCGACUUAAUCUCAACUUUGGUCUCAGCCUUUAGAUCGUAAACUUUUGAUGUCACCCCUUCUUUCUAUC